AACCAAGCAACCAACUCACAAAGCAAAAAAGCCUUAAGAAAAAACUCGCUUUCUUCUUUCUUCCACCCAAAAGAGACUCAUUCCUUAGAAAUGGAACAAGAGGGUGACACGUCCAUAAUGGCACCGUUGUGGGCUUCAAAUGGCGAUCUCUACCACCAUAACCGCCGCCGUCUCCGCCGUUCUUACUCUUUGUUACUGACCUCCAGCUCUCUCCUCGUACUUUUUAUCGUAAUCGCACUCGUCUUCACGCUCGUUGUAGUUCCCACGUUACGCUCUUUCGCCUCUAACGUUCUCAGACCCCACACUGUUAAGAACAGCUGGGACUCCCUUAACCUUGUACUGAUCCUCUUCGCCAUCGUUUGUGGCUUACUCAGCAAAAACACCACCACCGAAACCCAAUCCCCAGGUUCCCAUUAUCGUAGAACCUUCUCGAACCCUUCAACGCCGCCACCGUGGUACCAAUACUCUGAUACUCAUCGAUCGUUCAAUAGGUUGAGGAGUUUCAACUCUUACCCUGAUCUCCGGCAACACUCGUCUUUCUCCGCCACCGAUGAACGCUACCGCUUUUACGACGAUACUCAUCUCGCCCUCUUGCACCGGCAGCAGAGAACUGACGCUGAAGGUCAAGAAGAAGUGGGUUUUGAGAAUGUCGCCACAGCCCCGCCGCAAUCGCCGCCGCCACAGCAUCGAACGAAUGCUGGUCGAAGAAAUGUUGAGCGAAUGUAUCGAACGGAAGCGAUCGAGAAACACGAAGCGAGUGGCGUGGCUGCGGAGAUUUCACAACCGCCGCCGCAAUCUCCGCCGUCUCCUCCGCCACAGCCGCGAACUGAAAGUGUUCGAAGAAACGUCAAGCGAAUGUAUCGAACUGAAACGAUCGAGAAACACGAAGAAAGUGACGUGGCUACGGCGAGUUCACAACCGCCACCGUCUCCACAGCCACAAUCGCCGCCGUCUCCUCCGCCACAGCUGCGAACGAAAACUGUUCGCAGAAAUGUCAAGCGAACGUAUCAAAAGGAACCGAUCGAGGAACCGGGAAGAAAUGAUUCAGUUGCGAUGAAUUCACAGCCGCCGCCGCCAGUGCAGGGUAAGAAGAAAAGAGGGAUUUCAACUAAAGAGUUCUUAUUGACAUCGUUGAGAGGAAAGAAGAAACAACGACAGAGAAGCGUUGAAAAUUUUGAUAGCAUUAUAAAUUCUGAACCUUUUCCUCUUGCUCCACAACCGCCAUUACCACCAUCGCCAUCGGUUUUUCAGAACCUGUUUUCUUCCAAGAAAGGAAAACACCAAAAACGCACCUUUGUUUCUGUGGCAACAACACAUAUAUCAAAUAAGAGAGAGCAUUCUUCCUAUAGUUCGGAAGAUAAUGUGAUGAUCACUGGCAAUGAGUCACCAUUGAUCCCAAUACCUCCACCGCCGCCACCGCCGCCGUUCAAGUUGCCGGCGUGGAAGUUCCGGGUGCAGGGUGAUUUUGUCAGGAUAGAUAGCAUUGGUAGCUCACGUAGUGGGUCACCUGAUUUGGAUGAAGUUAAUAAUGUGGACUCACCAACAACAAGUACUACUCAAGAUGAAUCAAGCCAAUGCAAUAGUCCUUUUGCCCCAUAUGGGGAAGACCCUUCAACUGCAACUGCAACUGCACCCUCACUGUUCUGUCCCAGCCCUGAUGUUGAUACCAAGGCUCACAACUUCAUUGAGAGUUUCAGAGCUGGUUUGAGGAUGGCUAAGAUGAACUCUAUGAAGGAGAAGCAGGGGAUAGGGAGGUCCAACCUAGGGCCUUCACUGAACACUCAAACCAUAAAUGGAAGUAGAACAAGUUGAAGUAAUAAAGUUGAUACUUACAUUAUUAUUUGAUUUCUUUUUUUCUUUUUUCAAACACUUUUUCUGAUGGUGAAUUGUUCACAUGCAUACAUAGGCUUCAAAUUCAUAUAGAAGGGAAUCGGAGGACUAGAUCUCGUCUUAAGAGAAUUCUGACUUAUAGUUCUUGAUUACUUUUUCUUGAGUGGAGUGAUUUAUGCUUGUGCAUUUGAAAUGGUCAAUUUUGGAUUUUGUGACUGAAAGAUUUUGAAUGUUAUUCCUGGCUACUGUAUAAACGUUAUAUAAUUAAUCAAUGAA